AUCAGAACUGCAAGAGGCACGAAGCAAGCCAGAGCAACACAGGAGGAAUUUGACACCAAGAUAAACACUUCACAAAAUCAAAAGCAUUUCAAGUCUCAUCUUAGGAUCAAAAGAACUCUUGAAGUCAUGAUUGCUUCACAGUUUCUCUCUGCUCUCCCUUUGGUGCUUCUCCUGCUGAGAGAAAGUGGAGCCUGGUCUUACAGCGCCUCUACAGAAACCAUGACUUUUGAUGAUGCCAGUGCUUAUUGCCAGCAAAGGUACACACAUCUGGUCGCAAUUCAAAACCACGCAGAGAUUGAAUACCUGAACUCCACGUUCAACUAUUCAGCAAGUUACUACUGGAUUGGAAUCAGGAAGAUCAAUGGUACAUGGACAUGGAUAGGGACCAAGAAGGCCUUGACCCCAGAGGCCACCAACUGGGCUCCAGGUGAACCAAAUAAUAAGCAAAGCAAUGAGGACUGUGUAGAGAUCUACAUCAAGAGAGACAAGGACUCAGGCAAGUGGAAUGAUGAGAGAUGCAGCAAAAAGAAGCUCGCCUUGUGCUACACAGCUGCCUGUACCCCUACAUCCUGCAGCGGCCAUGGUGAAUGCAUAGAGACCAUCAAUAGCUCUACUUGCCAGUGCUACCCUGGCUUCCGAGGCCCCCAGUGUGAGCAAGUGGUUGAGUGUGAUGCUUUGGAAAAUCCUGUCAACGGAGUCGUGACAUGUCCCCAAAGCCUCCCAUGGAACACAACCUGUGCAUUUGAGUGUAAGGAAGGAUUUGAACUCAUUGGACCUGAGCACCUGCAAUGUACCUCAUCUGGGAGCUGGGACGGCAAGAAGCCAACGUGUAAAGCUGUGACAUGUGACACCGUCGACCAUCCUCAGAAUGGUGAUGUGAGUUGUAACCACUCCUCUAUUGGAGAGUUUGCCUACAAGUCAACCUGCCACUUCACCUGUGCAGAAGGCUUCGGGCUGCAGGGGCCAGCCCAGAUUGAAUGCACUGCCCAGGGGCAAUGGACCCAGCAAGCCCCAGUUUGUAAAGCUGUGAAAUGUCCUGCUGUCUCCCAGCCCAAGAAUGGCUUGGUGAAGUUUACCCAUUCCCCGACUGGAGAGUUUACCUACAAGUCCUCCUGUGCCUUCAGUUGUGAGGAAGGCUUUGAAUUACGUGGAUCAGCUCAACUUGCAUGCACGUCUCAAGGACAAUGGACACAGGAGGUUCCCUCCUGCCAAGUGGUACAGUGUUCAAGUUUGGAGGUUCCCAGAGAGAUCAACAUGAGCUGCAGUGGGGAGCCCGUGUUUGGUGCUGUGUGUACAUUUGCCUGUCCUGAAGGGUGGAUGCUCAAUGGCUCUGUAGCUCUGACGUGUGGUGCCACAGGACACUGGUCUGGGAUGCUGCCUACUUGUGAAGCUCCUGCUGAGUCCAAAAUUCCCUUGGUAAUGGGACUUUCUGCUGGUGGAGUCUCCUUCAUGACAUCAGCAUCAUUUCUCCUCUGGCUCCUGAAACGCCUUCGGAAGAGAGCAAAAAAAUUUGUUCCUUCCAGCAGCUCCGAAUGCCUUCAACCCAAUGGAUCCUACCAAAUGCCUUCUGACUUAAUUUAAGUCCAAAGGAAUCAGGAGCACAGUUAAAUUUGGGAAUUACCAUGAUACCCUGAAGACGAUAGAGAAGAGACCUCUCCUAAGGUCUCUGGCUCUUCUCAGGUACUGCACCUGCCGGCUGCAUAUUCAGCUGGGACCCUGGCACCUGUGAAGACCAGGACAUCAAGGGACCAAAAUCCAGUGGACAAGGCCAGUCUGCCACCAAAAAGACUCAGUUUUCUCUUUUCCAGUGCUGGAUACUGGAAGGAAGGAAUAUUCUCUUCUAUUUGAAAGUGAAGAGACUGGGGUUUCAGAGUUCAUUUUCUAACUCUUCCUUUGCUCACUGUGAAAUCUCGGUGGUGAAACACAGUAUUUUAUGACACCAUUUCUUUCUUUUGUCCCUUACAGUGUUUCAACCACUGAUUACGUGGUUGCUGUAUGGGGAUGAAUAAUAAUUGUCAAAAGUUUAGGGGAAAAAAAUUGGCCAAAGACCUUCUAUUAACUGAAUUUGGGGGGAAAAUGACAUUUUUUAAUGGCAUAGGGUGACUAUGUGGGAAAUGUUGAUAGUGGGGGAAAUUCUAUUUAGCAGUCUGUGCAAGGAUCAGCAAGCACAGUCUCAAUCACUUUUAUCCCUGUGGGAUACAUUGGUUUUUAAAGUGUUUGUAGAGGUUGUGUUCUUUUUACUUGUAUCUAGUGUAGUAUAAAUCCCAUAAGUCUUAAUUCAGUACAAGUGUUGCAGGGACCUUAAAAUAUGUAAAUAGUAGGACUAUGAUAGAGUAAAAUCUUUGUUUACUAACCAAAUCUUUGUUUAUUAAAUUCCAAGGUUACAUCUGUGGUAAAUUUAUUUCAGGAAGGGAAAAAUACUAUCCCCUAGCAGGGUAUAAAUCAGUAUAAAAUUCCAAAUGUUUUACUAUGGUUUCUUUAAAAGAUCAUAAAUAGUAGCAGGAGAGCAAAAUCUGAGUGGCAUACACUUGUACACUGUCAGGUAUUUUUUCAGAGCUAUGCGGUUUCCAUGACAAAAUACUUCCAUGGAGCCAAACAUUCUGAUUUGAUAAAAGCAUAAAUGAAAACAAAUGAAGGUACAGUUUUAUGGGUUUUUUUUGGGGAAAAAAACAUAUAGAUGUAUAAAUGUGCUUUGCAUUCCUGCAAAGAUAUUUGUCAGAUGUGAUGUGUCUCCAUAUAAUUUGUAUAUAGUAAUAAGAUUUUAAAUCCAUGAUAGAAACUCACCAUAUAAAGGAUCUUUCAGUGGAUCUUUUUAAAGUGAAGAUUUCUAAUGAUUAUUCCCUAAGUUUCCUAUUCAGCUGUUAGGGUGUUCCUAAAGAGAGGAAAGCCUGUUUGAGAAAGUAUUGAUGCUUAUUUAUAAGGGAGUUUAAAAUUCCUAAGGAAUCUCUAGCUUUUGGUUGAUCACUGGCCAUGAGAAAUACUGGGCCAGUAAUUGUCAAAGCUGCUCCAACCUUGCAGGAUGAUGUGCAAAUCAAAACUCUCCCACUUUUUCAUUUUUGAUUUUAUUGAAAAGGAUGUGUUGAAAAAGCAAAGUUUCAGAGAAGGGCUGAAUGUGUAUUGGCAAAUGUGAAACCAAAAGUAACAGGAAGAUAUGAUGAAGAUCAGAAUAGCAGAGGUUUUCAAGGUACAAAAGAACUCUGGGAAAUAAGGGAGAGAGAGAGAAAAAAACAAGUAUUAUGAGCAGGCUACAUAUGGAAUGAAUUACUAUUUUCUCUGCAAUUGUUCUACUGUUGUAAAUAUUGUUCAAGUGCUGUAUAUACUGCAUUGGAAAUAGCUGUGUGAAAUAUAUAUGUGGUCUUU